AUGCUUGAAAAUACUCGAAAUAUCGGCAUCAUCGCCCACGUUGACGCUGGCAAAACAACGACGACUGAGCGCAUGCUCUACUAUAGUGGCGUGACCCAGCGAGUGGGAGAUGUGGAUUCCGGCAACACUGUGACCGAUUUCCUUGAGCUUGAGCGGGAGCGUGGAAUCACCAUCCAAUCAGCGGCAAUAACGUUUCACUGGCCACUACAACAGGAUUGCCCUCCUGGAACAGUCCCAAAGACGAUCAAUCUCAUUGAUACUCCUGGCCACCAGGAUUUCAGGUUUGAAGUCGAUCGAUGUUUGCCAAUCCUUGAUGGAGCCGUCUGUAUCAUCGAUUCUGUCAAGGGUGUAGAAGCGCAUACAGAACGAGUCUGGGCCUCUGCCCAGGAGUUCAAGGUUCCGCGAAUUGUGUACUGCAACAAGCUGGACCGUGAGGGCGCAUCAUUCAGAAAAUCCGUCUUGGAAAUUGGUUCUCGACUCAAAGGAUGGCCAUUAGUCUGCCAAAUUCCGUGGUGGGAGAAGGAGGACUUUGUUGGAGUAAUCGAUAUCAUCGAUGGGGUAGGGUACAGGUGGAAGACCGAAAGGCAAAAGAUGCGAUAUGAGCCCGCCGAGCUCGAAGGGAUACUCUCGACUUCAAACCAAUCGUUAUUGGCCGAGAUAAAGGUAGCGCGGCAGCGUCUGGUCGAGGGCCUUGCGGAUUUUGACGAGGCCGUCAUGGACGAAUUCUUGGCUGAAAACGAAGAUAUCCCCGCUUCCUUACUGAAGCAGGCCAUAAGGAGAAGCAUUAAAAGCGGUGAUGGCCGUGUCAUACCUGUAUUCGCUGGCUCCAGCUUUCGUCAUAUUGGAGUUGAGCCGCUCAUGGACGCCAUCGCGGACUAUCUUCCUAACCCAGCGCAACGUCCAGACGCCGAAGUCAGGAUUGGAAGCACGAAAAGCGAGCUUCGCGAAGCACUGAAAGGAAAAGGCAAGAACACGGCGGAUGCCAAUGUUGGCUCAGUGGCAUCUGUCUUUAAAGUGUUUGACCACCCAAAGGAGGGCGUCAUCAGCUUUGUGAGAGUCUAUCAUGGAACUCUUACUCGCAACGCUCCAAGCUUCAACACCCACAUGCUUAUCCAAGAACGACCGAUGGGCAUCUUGCAAAUAUCUGCGUCCAAGACCGAAGAUAUUCAAGAGCUUUCUGUUGGUCAAAUCGGAGCCCUGAGAGGACUUAAGAAAGCUCGCACUGGAGAUACGUUGAUCACCAUGGCGAGCGGCAAAACUGUCCCCGAGCAUUUACGACACAUCCAGAUCAGACCUCCCGAGAUUCCUCCACCGGUUGCCUUUUUACAAGUUGAUCCAUAUGGGAAUGUGGCGGCACAACAAUUAGAGGUCGCUCUGGAGAGCGCGUCUCGAGAAGACCCAAGCCUUCGGUGGAGUAGAAAUCCAAAAACUGAUCAAUUCACCAUCCAGGGUAUGGGCAAGCUACACCUGGAUGUGUCACUCUACAAUAUGAGGCAGAAGCAUAAAAUAGAUGCCGAGUUUGGUCCUAUCGAGGUCGACUACAAGGAAUGUGUCACCACCAUGACCUCUCCUCAGCAGACAGUGUUUGACCGUCCAGUUGCGGGCAGACCAGGCAAGGUUACCUGCACAGCUACUCUCAGACCGAUAGAAGCUGGGGAACAGGAAAAUCUGCUGGAAGCCGGCCUUGAAAAAGACGGCAACAUUGUCCAGAUAGAUAUUCCCAUGGAGGGCGAGGCCACCGCCGUGCUUGUUGAUGUGGAUGAGGCACGCCAACAGCUCUUCAACGGAGCCAUAGCUGGGUUGGCCAGGGGGCCUCGGCGCGCGUCGCCGAUACACGGCUGCCAAGUCCACAUCACUCUUGAUACGUCUCGCGAUGCGCUAGAGACACCAACUGGAGGGCAUUUCAGUAGUGCGGCCAAAGCUGCCGUUCAAGCAGCUCUUAGGGAUGCGUUCGAUAAAAGCCAGAUUGGCAUUUCAGAACCCAUCAUGUUGACGCACAUUACCUGCCCGGAGGCCGCCGCUGGAACAGUCCAGCAUGACAUAACAGCCGGUGCGGGUGGUCAUGUCCUCGAAGUCAACGAUCGUUCUGCAGAGUCUGCUAGCGAGGAGUUGAUCGAUGUCUCUAAAAUUUACGCGCCGCCGGAUCCCUAUGACUCAAUCACUUCGCUGAGAGGCAAGAAAUCCGCUGCUCGGAUGGUUGAGAUAAUAGCAAAGGUCCCCUACAAGGAGAUGCUCAACUAUGACGAGCACCUACGAAGCAAGACCGCGGGCCGGCAUUCUAUGACCAUGUCGUUUGAUUCCUUUGCAAGAGUGGUUGGCCAUCGAGAAAAGGAUCUCUGA